AAACGUGGAGGAGUCGGGACCUCCGGCAGGAACUCAGGAGCUUUUUCUGUCUUUCUUUUUUGUCUGUCCGUGGCGGGGUUCGGGACGGCUCGGAGGAACUGUGACAGACGCAGAGAUGGACAUCGAGAAGGAAGUGAAGAAGAUGUCCCUUGGCCACGAGUUUGGAGCGGGAGCCGCUUGUUUGAAAUGCAAGGACAAGUGUGAGGGCUUCGAGCUGCAUUUCUGGAGAAAAAUUUGCCGAAACUGCAAAUGUGGCCUCACAGAGCACGACGUGCACAUGAACACGGAGGAGAACAAGAAGGUCGGCAAGCUUUUCGAGGACACAAAGUUCACGGGCCUCAUUGCCAAGCUGAAGACGGACGGCAUCCCCGGGCACCAGGGCAGCAUGGUGACCAUCACUUUGCCCAGCCCCGCCACUGCUUACAGGCUCUCCCCCACCGCCGCCUCGGACCCAGUCAGACCGGCGUCCUCCGCUGGAGCGCCUGUGGGUUCCUCACCCAUCAGUGGUCAGGUUCGGCCUCAGCCCGCUCCUGUCAGCGUCACACCGGUCAAGGCUGACAAAGUACCGCUGACUGCAAGUGUCACAAAAGCCAACGUCGAGCCCGUCCCCCAAGACGCUCCGAUGAAGUCUGUCACCUAUGAGUGGGCACCACCGGUUCCCAACAAAUAUCUGGCCGUACGUUACAUCCAGCUGCUCCCCCCUGAGAAGCGUCCUGUGGCCGGCACUGAAGGCGCCGUCUAUCGCCGGCAGCAGAUGGCGUGUCAGCUGCCUGAGCAUGACCAGGACCCAUCCAAGUGCCACGAGCUAAGCCCUGCAGAGGUGAAGAAGAUGCAGCAAUACGUCCGCAAGUACAAACAGGAGGCCCUUGGGGUUGGAGAUGUCCUGCUGCCUGCAGAGAUGGCUCACGUCCAGGCAGGAAGACAGGGUGGAGAUAUGGCCGGGGCUGGAGGUAAGCCUGGCUCGGGUGUUGGGCUUGGUGCCAAUGCUGGAGGUGAGGUUGGUGAAUCUGGACCUGGAAUUGUGAAUGCUGGAGUUGGUUCCGGCUCUGACUUUGGAAGUGUUGGAGCUGGAAGCAGAAGUGGAGGAGCUGGAGCUGGACCAGCGUCAGGACCUAAAGCAGGCCAGUCUGCCGGCUGUGGACCCACCGGAGGAGCCAUGGGUACCACUGCCACUGCUGGAGCCAUGAACAGCGGACAAGAGCUCAAGAACUUUUCAUGCCAUCAUUGCAAGCAGCCCAUGCAGCAGGGCGAGCCGGCCGUCUACGCCGAGCGGGCCGGCUACGACAAACUGUGGCACCCCGCAUGCUUUGUGUGCUGUACCUGCCACGAACUGCUUGUGGACAUGAUCUACUUCUGGAAGAAAGGCAACAUGUACUGUGGACGCCAUUAUGGAGACAGCGAGAAGCCCCGCUGUGCCGGCUGUGAUGAGCUGAUCUUCAGUAAUGAGUACACCCAAGCGGAGGGACAGAACUGGCACCUGAAGCAUUUCUGCUGCUUUGACUGUGACUGCAUCUUGGCUGGAGAAACGUAUGUGAUGGAAAAUGACAAACCCAUCUGCAGGCCCUGCUACAUGAAGAACUACGCUGUGAAAUGCUCAUCCUGCCAGAAUGCAGUGGACCCUGAAGCUCAGAGAGUUUCUUACGAUGCUCUCCACUGGCACGCAGAACCGCGGUGCUUCAAGUGCUCUGGCUGCAGCAAGAGUCUGAUCGGCCAGCGCUUCAUGGUGGUGCAGAGUUUUGUCUUCUGCUCUGUGGAAUGCAAGAAGAAAAUCCUGAACUAGAGCUCCAGACCGUCCAGAAAAACCAGACCAGAAGAUGGUUUUCACUGUAUGAGACCUACACUGAGGAAGAGGUUCUACUGCUAUUGGGGUUUAAGGGGCGUCCUCCUUCUUUGUUGCAUCAUUUGUGUAAUUUUUGGUUCAACCUGUGUCUGUUUAGUGGAGUUUUGGGAAAUUCUCACCAGAAUCGCCUCCUGUUUAUUUUUUAGGAACGUCUUUAUGACACAGACACUGGAGGAGUAUCCAUCAGGGUUCGCUCCAAUCACAAAACCACCACCUGAUUUUUUUAUAUGGAAUUUAUGAUGAGGUCUUUAAAUUGAGGAACUUUUCAUAUGGAAAACUAGUUAACCAGUUGGAUCUUUUCUGCACUGAUUGUGGGACCAGGUGUAAAAACCUGCUUCAUUGUUCACCGGAUGUUUCCUGCUGUAGUGGAUAGUUUCUCCGCUGCUCAAUGCGCUACUGAUCUGAGGUUUAGUCCUUCAAGUUUCUUAAAGAACAUAUGACUGAAAACGUAGAUGCUUUAUGAACAAAAGCUUCCAGGUCAUGAAUAGUACAAAAAAGGCAGACAUGUAAAUGGCUUUUCAAAUGUUUGUAACUCAACCAAUUCCUUGUAUUCGUUCAGUGGAACGUUCCAGAUAAGCAGAGAAGUCUAAUGGAACUCACCUUUGACUUUUUGUCUCCAUGGGAAUAAAGAAAACUCUGCAAACUAA